UAUGAAGUAGGCCUCCUGUUUUUCUCUAGCCCGGAGUCCGGCCCCCCUGAGCACAACCUCCAAAAAAACAAAACACGAAGCCUGGAUUUGUUAGAAUUGGGAAGGUAGGAGUCUACCAUGUUCUGUCUAGCGUAUGGCGCCCACCCACAACUUCAAUGACCUCUGAGUCACCUUUGACCCUUAACCCCACUACAACCCCUCAGAACUACCUGCAACUGACCUUACACUCAGAAGCUGCAGUGAGGUGCCCUUCCAAAUGCCUACCUCACGCCUAAAGCACCAAUCACUGCAACUACAGCCUUGAUCAAACACCACCAUGACAUCGAGCAUAGGAGAUGAUUGCAGCAUCUUUGAUGGUUUGAUGGAAGAAGAUGAGAAGGACAAAGCUAAACGCGUGUCCCGUAACAAGUCGGAGAAGAAGCGGAGAGACCAGUUCAAUGUCCUCAUCAAGGAACUGGGGACCAUGUUGCCUGGCAACACUCGCAAGAUGGACAAAUCCACCAUCCUGCAGAAGAGCAUUGACUUCCUGUGUAAACACAAAGAGAUCGCUGCCCAGUCAGAGUCCAGUGAGAUCCGACAGGACUGGAAGCCCCCGUUCCUUAGCAAUGAAGAGUUCACCCAGCUCAUGCUGGAGGCUCUGGACGGUUUCUUCAUUGCAAUAAUGACUGAUGGUAACAUCAUCUACGUGUCGGAGAACGUCACCUCUCUCCUGGAGCACCUACCGUCUGACCUGUUGGACCAGAACCUGUUGAACUUCCUACCGCUAGGGGAACACUCAGAUGUGUACAAGGCUCUCUCCAACCACCCCACCGACAGCGAAACACUUGGCGCUGAUUACCUCAAGACUAAGAAUCAGUUGGAGUUUGGUUGUCACAUGUUGAGAGGAGCCAUCGACCCCAAGCAGACUGCUGUGUAUGAAUACGUCAAGUUUAUCGGGAACUUCAAGUCGCUGAACAAUGUUCCAAACGCCACGAGGAACGGUUUGGAAGGCGUGCUGCAGCGCUCUCUGCAUCCGGCAUUCGAUGACCAGGUGUGUUUCGUUGCUACUGUCCGAUUGGCCAAGCCUCAGUUCAUCAAGGAGAUGUGUACAGUGGAGGAGCCCAAUGAGGAAUUCACAUCCAGGCACAGCUUAGAGUGGAAAUUCCUCUUCCUUGACCACAGGGCACCACCAAUCAUAGGCUACCUGCCAUUCGAGGUCCUGGGGACAUCGGGGUACGAUUACUACCAUGUGGAUGACCUGGAAACUCUGGCCAAGUGUCAUGAGCACUUGAUGCAGUACGGUAAAGGAAAGUCAUGCUACUACCGCUUCCUUACCAAAGGUCAGCAGUGGAUCUGGCUGCAGACUCACUACUACAUCACCUACCACCAGUGGAACUCCCGGCCUGAGUUCAUCGUCUGCACACACACCGUGGUCAGCUAUGCAGAGGUGAGAGCAGAGCAGCGCAGAGAGCUGGGGAUCGAGGAUUCUCGUCCUCAGGACACUGUGUGUAAGAGCCAGGACUCGGGCUCGGAGUCGCAGCUGAACACCUCCAGCCUGAAGGAGGUGCUGGAGCGCUUCGACCACAGCCGCACCGCCUCCUCCUCCUCCCGCAGCUCCCGCAAGUCCUCCUCGCACAUGUCUGACAACACCUGCAACUCCUCCAAGCUCCAGAUGGACACGGCCACGCCCCCUCGCCAGUCAGUGGCCUCCACCAUCGACAUGACAUCACAGCGACGAUCGUCAAUCAGCAGCCAGUCCAUGAGCUCCCAGACCACAGGCCAUAGUUUGGCUCCGGUUAUGAUCAACCAACAGCAACAACAACAAUCACAACAACAACAACAGCAGCAGCAGCUACAAACCAACGUGCAGCCUGUGUUGGAGUUCUCGGCCCAGGUGAACGCCAUGCAGCACCUGAAGGAUCAGCUGGAGCAGAGGACGAAGAUGAUCCAGGCCAACAUCCACCGGCAGCAGGAGGAGCUGCGGAACAUCCAGGAACAGCUGCAUAAGGUGCAGGGCCAGGGCAUCCAGAUGUUCCUGCAGCAGCCGGGCGGAGCUCUGAACGUGCAGCUGCCUCAGGUGGGAGCGUUACAACAGGCAACCACAAUGACCAAUCAAAUCCAGCAGAGCGUGCUAAACCCCACCCACACAGGAACUCAGCUCACCAUCCAGCAGCAAGCCCCGCCCCCUCAGCAGAACCUCCAUCAGCAUAACACCCUUUCACAGGCCCCUCUCCAGCUCCAUCAGCAGCAGCAGCACCCCGCCCAGAGCGCCUCUGCCCCCCUGUACAACACCAUGAUGAUCGCCCAGCCAGGCCAGCCCAACCUGCUGCAGAUCAGCACCAGCCUGCCCCAGGCCAACACUCAGGGCGCUGCUGUGGCCACGUUCACACAGGACAGGCAAAUACGGUUCCCGACAGGGCAGCAGCUGGUCACCAAGCUGGUGACGGCUCCCAUGGCGUGCGGAGCCGUCAUGGUCCCCACCUCCAUGUUCAUGGGCCAGGUGGUCACAGCGUACAGCCCCUUUGGAGGGCAGCAGCAGGGGGGCCAGACGCAGACCUUGACCCUGCAGGCAGCCCAGCCCACCCAGGGCCAGCAGGAGCCCCAGGGCCAGACCACCGUAGUGGCGCAGACCAACCAGCAGGGGGCGCAGCAGCAACAGCAAUUCCUACAGGGCACCCGUCUUCUCCAUGGUAACCAGUCCACCCAGCUAAUCCUCCAGGCGGCCUUCCCACUCCAACAGCAGAGCACGUUCACCCAGGCCACGCAUCCUCAACAGCAACAACAACAGCAACCGCAACAACAACAACAACCACCACCACAGCAAAGACAACAGCAGCAGUCUCACCACCAGAGGCACCAGCAGCAACUCAAACCCCAGCCCCAGAAACCACAGAAAGGCCCGCCUUCACAUAGGACUGACAGCACCAGCAGCCAACUGUAGUAGGCCUGAAGAGUAAAGCGUCCAAUUGAGAUUGAGGGACUAGAGUUCCAAAUGAAGCUGUGGAGGGACGCACACGGUAUGACUAAACCUUUUACAAAACAUUGGCCCGAAGGAAUGCGUGUGAUUUCUUUUCAUGUCAUCACUUACCCCGACCAAUAUGAUGUCCGAGAUGUAACCUAUUCUUUACCAGGAAGGACAGAUUUCUGGGCAGCGAGGAAGGUUUUUACAAAUGUAUCACUAUGGUAAUAGUGUGUAUUAGAACUUUUUACCCAUAGCAACCAGUGGAGCGCUACGAGACAGACCCGUGUCGCCGUGGGAAACCCAGAACUCUAAACCCCCUCUCCCCCAUCUCCAUGGUAACCAGGGUAUGUCUCAAAGCAUGUGAUAAUGACCUGGCAUUGUACAGUAAAGUGUAUCAUAAACAUGUAAAUAUACAAUAUAGCUUAACAGAAAAACAGAAAUGUAGUAUUUUAUGAUUGCAUGGAAACAAAAACAGUAUAAGCUUUUAUUAGUAUCUUUUGAAAAUGACUUUUUACUUUCUAGUGAUCCUGUUCAAAAAUGGUGAAAUGCUUUGCUAAAGCAUAACAUCACUCCCUUAUUUUCUCCCCUAUGUAACUACAAGUCCAUAAUAUGGCUUUGUAUUCCUGUCACAGUUUGUUCAAUGAAUGGGCAGGGGUUAUAAACAGGGAAUUCUGGGAAAGUUUUUAAAAGCUGUGUAUAACAAGUGACUAAUUCAAAAUAGCUCAGUCUUGCAAAGUCCAAAUUCGAUCACUUUGACAGUAGCCAGAUCAGUACCAUUUAGAUGUGCAAUUCUUUGCAGGAUCCUCAUCACUGUUUGUGUAACAGGUCUAGUCAUUCAAGUGCCAAUACAUGGUCAACUGAUAUUUUUCUUUAAACAAACUAUUUAAAGGAUUAUAUAUUUACAGCAAAAAAGACCCUAUCAAAGAACAUGUGUAUAUAUUACGGACUAUUUUUAAAGGACAGAGCCCCUAUACCUAACAUACAAAUAUAUCUUUAUCCCCAUACUAUUUUAGCACUUAAUGUGGUUGUGUACAGUAAAUCACUAUCCAGUCCUAUUGCGUGUGUUAAUAUGUGUGUGUGUGUGUUCCCCCUAUGUCUAACGGUUGUUGAAAUAGUAGGGCUUCAGAGUUUGCUGGAUGGUACUUGCAUUCUCAGGAAUAUGGACAUAUACAAUUGCUUCUGCCUCAGCCUGGAAGGGGAUAAAAACCCUGCAAACACUGCUUCCUUUGGUUGCAGAAACGUUUCAAUCAAAACGGUUUCUCAUUGACCCAGUCUCCAAUCAAAAGAAGUUUUGCUACCUUGUAAUCAACUAAUUUAAUUAGCAGUGCAAAAACACUGUGCACAAAUCACAUGAACACUUUAUAGAGAAAAACAGUGACAGUGUUUUAUGAGGGGGGGGUUACACUCAGAAUUGUUGUUUUAAACGUCAUCUGGUUGUGUGUAUAGCAUCUUAGCAAGUAUCUCAGUGACGCCACAACGCUUGAGAAACACAGGUUGCUCUCUGAGUUCACAUGUUUCACAUGCCUGGCUGGCUGGAGGUUUUACUUAUCUGAACAUCCCAUUGAUUCAGAGGUGAAACUCCACACGUGGGCUAACACUGUUUACAAAAGCGGGCUUCCGACAACUGAGAUGCAACUUUUAAAAUAAUUGGAACUCUAAUAAUUGUCCUCUUACCCCCCUGCCAGGCCUCAGUAGCCUUCAUGCAGUUUUCAGUCAGUCAGUCAAUCAGCAGUUCAACAGGAACACCCUAGGUUUGGAUCUUUUCCAUUGUUCCAAGUUGUCAGAAAUGGAACAGGGCCCAACCUUGGUGACAGUAAUAAGCCAUAUCUAACAGAAAAGCCUUGGGAAGGAGGAAGUGAGAUGGUAGGAUAAGGAGUUCUUACAAGAAUGUGUCUUUUUUGUCUUGGAGAGUGUAGUAGAAUGUGUUUUUGUUUUGAUUGUUUAUGGUUGUGUGUGUGCAUACCCGGAUGUCCAGUGUGUGUGUGUGUGUGUGUGUGUGUGUGUGUGUGUGUGUGUGUGUGUGUGUGUGUGUGUGUGUUUGUGUGUUUUCUUUAUUCUUCUUCCUGUAUCACUGUGGGGUCUGUAUUUGGUACCCCUGGCGAUAGCCAAUCAGUUCUUCCGUUGCAGUAAUGAAAAGAUAAAAUGUCAAGGAAAUCUUCCUCUCUUGUUGGGCUCCAGCUCAUGUGGAGUAGCUCAACUGGAAUAUAAGUUUGAGUGAGAGCGUUGUGUGUGUGUAUGUUUGUGUGUUUGAUAGAGUCACUCUAAUCUAUUUUUUUUUUCUGUAUGGACGUGAGACUGAGAUGAAUGAUUUUAAAAUGUUGCUUGGUUUACCCAGUUGGCUAUGAAAUGGUAUAAACAAAAUGGCAACCGUCAAAAGAAACUGUGACACUUUCCGAUGUAUCAUCCUCUAACUCACCCUCCUUAAAGUUUGUUCAUACCUGUCACCCAUCCCUCCGUGAAUACAAAUCUUCUAGUUUCCAUGUGUGUGUGUGUGUGUGUGUUGUCAUUGCCAGAAAGGCAAUGUUUUUAAAAUGUUAUAGUUGUUACUAUAAGAUAUCACUGCUACCCAGCCCAAAGAAUGUAAAGGUCUAGAGACUAACAGAUAAGCAUAUGUAGGUUACCAAGCUUUCAAAUGAAGGAAGGAAAGAGGUUAAAAUCUAUCCCAUUUUACUAACUUGUCCAUUCUAUUCUUAGAAUGGGAACCUGCUCCAAUUCUUACACAACGCCAUCAUGUUCCAAACCUGUGUCAGUACAUUGAUGUGACACAACUAGAGUGUAAUGGGUUUCUGGAAGUGGAUUAAAAACAGUUCGGAGAGGCAAAGUUGCGUACUGGAUAAGGAAUCCUAUACAAAUACAGAAGGGGCCAAGCUUUUUAUAUAGUAGUUCAUCUCUACACACUUUGGGUUUUAGAAACCGACUUACUUACUUAGUAAAUCUGUACACUUACACAAAACCAGUAUUCUUUGUAAAAUGGUGCUCUGCUAUGUAUAUCCCUCCUCAUGGUAUGUGCUCCUCUCCCUAGUCCAAUUGUAACUGAAUAUUUUGAAGCAAACUAUUUGCUACUUUAACCUCUUAUUCUCCCUCUCCCCUGGUCGAUUUGACAAUAAAAACCUACUGCAAAUGCA